GUCCCGAGUGGUCGAUCCUGCGAUAUAUUUAUGGUGUAACCGUCGUUUUAAAUGGAACCGGUGUCUGGCUCGAGGGAAGAAAAACGCGUUUUAAACAGCUGUGCUGGUCGAGUAGUCGCGCAAUUUUCCCUUGCACAAGGGGUUCAGUGUUCACGGGGGGAAGACGCGUCAAAUAGAAGUCGUCGAUGGGUAAAAAAAGCGUUCAUAGACGAACGUCGCGUUUUUAAAAUCGGUACAUUUUUCUCUGUUAAAUUUUAUAUUCGUUUCUAUCAAAGUUUCGUGAAUCGUUUUUAUAUAUACCUGUUCCAAACGUUAUCUUUUCGCUAAAUUCGCGCGGGGUUUGUUUUUAUAUAUAAAACUGUCGAACUCAAAAUAAUUUCGUGUUUGCUCAAGCUUAGUUAUUUCCAAAAAUCACGCAUAGACACAAUGUCUUUUUCGAAAGCCAGAAUUCAACGAUUCAACGAACUUACAAGCGAAGCACCACCGCCGGGUGCUUACGAUCCAAAAUUCGACAACAAAGUCAAGGGCAUCGCGAUCGAGAAGAAGGAGAGGUUUCAAGACAGCAAGAGCGUGACGAGCAGCGGUGGGGAAUGCAACUCGUCCGUCUCGAGCAAGGGAGCCAGAACGUUACCCUCCCCCAAGUUCCGAACGCCACAAUUACCAAAAAAACGUCCAGCAAAGACAACGAACGCGUUGUCAUGCCCAAAAGCAAAAACCAAGCUGGUUCUUGGUGCCAGCAACGAAUCAAAGUACGACGCAAAACACGAGCUUGCCGAUUUGAAAGUCGAGUGCAUCAACAAAGAUCGAACGAUACACGAUCACGCGAAUCAAAUCGAAGAAAUGAAAAAAGAAACUUGGCGCUUGGAAAAAGAACUCGCUGACCUUCGGACCAAUCAAGUGGAAUCUGAAAAAUUGAAGGAACAGCUUUCGAAUCUUCGAGCUAAACAAGCAGAAAUGGAAGAACAGCACAAAAAGGAUUUGGAAUCAAUGGCAAAAUUACAACAAGAUAUUAUGGAUUCUCGUGAUCAAAAGCACUCUGAGGAAUUACAAUCAUUACGUCUGCAAUUGUCCGAAAUGAAAGAAAAAAGGGAGCGCGAAAUCGCCGCCCAAAACACCGCUCGAGAUGACGAAAUGAGCGAAAAUUCAGCACUUCUGGCGAACAGUCUAAGGGAGAUGAGGAUCGACGCGGAGUUCGAGAUUGACAGACUGACCGAAGAAUUGUCGGAAGUAAGAAGCGCGAAAGCGCGUGAAAUUGACGAGUUUCUGAGCAUCGUCAAUGACAAAGAAAAUGAAUUGGCGUCUGUGCAAGCAGAGUUGAACAAUUUGAAGACUGUUUCUGACGAAUUACGCGACCGGUUGACGCGUUUAGAGAAGGAGCACGAUGUUGAGAUCGCUGAUCUCAGGAACGAGGAAGAUAUUUUAAGAGACCAAGUCGUCGAAUUGAGCAAAAGUAAGAACGAUUUGGAAACGAAACUCGAAACCCGUCAACAGGUCAUUCUCGAAUUACAAUCACAACUCUCGACUGUCCAAUGUGAAGUCGAUGAGUUGAGAGCCGAGUAUGAAAGAAUGUUGCGCGAGUCCGAGACAAAGUUAAAUGAAAUGUCGAAUCUUCGAGACUGCGAAUUUAUCGAUUUGAAAAACGAUCUUAUUCGUGAACGUGAACAGUUGGAGGAUGAAAAAUUUGCUGAAUGCUCACAGAGAUUGGCUCUGGAGGCUAAAAACAAAGAAUUACGUGAGAAUAAUGACUUCUUGACUGAAGAACUCCAAGACGUUCAGAAACUCUACAAAGAAUCUAACAAAAACCUAAAGGACCUUCAGGAACAACUCAAUAAUUCUGAGAAGACACAUAUUGAGGAGGUGCAGCGUUAUCAAAAUGAAAUUGAGGCUAUGAGACGUCACUUCACGUCAGAGCAGUCGAGGCUCGAAGAGUUGCUUGAGAAAGCGCGGCUCGAUUACAUAAGGGAAAUCGAUAAUAUGGCCGAAGCGAGGAAUAAAGAACUGGCAGAGUUGAAAGCCGCCACGGAGAGGACGAUUGAGGAGGAAAAGCGUCGAAUUCAGGAACGCGCAGACAAGAUAGUUGAGAAUGCUGAAGCAGUGACCCGUGAAACACUGGCCGCUUGUCGCGCUGAAAGUGAAGAACGCGUCAAACGUGUUAUUCUCGAAAGCGAUACUAAAGUGAAGAGUAUGGUGAGAGACGCGAAAAAAGCUGUAGAGGAAGAAAUGCGCGAAGCUGCCGAUCGUUAUGCUACUUGUCUCGCAAGAGUCGAGGCCGAAAGACUCGAACUCGAGAAAAAGGUCAAUCAACGCGAUGCCGAAAUGGAAGAAAUGUCAGUCACCAUAGAAGAAUUGAAAGUUGUCGUCGAAAAUCAGGAGAGUUUCAGUCAGAGUCUUCAGGCUGAUUUGGAUCGUGCAGAGGCUGAGCUUGCGGAACGGAAGGAUGAGAUCAGAACUUUGAAGGAUCAGAUGCGUGCUGAGGCUGCGGAAAUGGUAGCGCGACGGCGAAAAAUGGAGGUCGUGAUGGCAGAAAAUCAAGCAUCAGUUGCUGCUUUGUCUCAGCAAUUAUCCGAGAGCAAUGCUGAGGUCGAACGGCUUCAGACUAUUAUUAAAAGCGGCGAAGAAUCGAUCAACGAACACCGUGGUUUACUCAGUGCUAUGCGUAACACAUCCAAAAUACUCACCAAAGAAGUUUUCACACUGAUGGAACAGCUUGACGCUAACAAAAGCAUUGUUGACCAAUUGGAGGCGGUUAAUCUUGCUGAAAUUGAAUCUGUGCGUUCCCGUAUUUAUGCUGAAAUCGAUAGCUUUAAAUCUACUACGGUUAAUGAAAUCACCAGACUUCAGGAAGAAAAUAAGAAAAAAGACGAACAAGUUGCUGAGUUAAAGAAAAACCUGGAGAUGAUGGCUGGAAAAGUGGACGAGGCACACCAGUUUCUUUUGAAGAUGGAAGAACUUGAGGAUACUCGUGUCAUUGAAAUAUCGCAACUCCAGCUGGAUAACGAGAAGCUCGUUCGAGAGUUGAAGACAGCAAAAGAUAUGAAUUCUGUGCUCGAAACACGCGAAUCUGCGUGCAAAAACGCUUUGCAUGAGGCAAGACAAGAAAUAUCUCAGUUGAAAGAAAGAGUAGAGGCCUUGGAAGUCAACAGCAUCGACAAGGAGAAGGUACGAAUUAUGCAAGAGCAGUACGAGGUUCGAUUAAAAGAAGAACGGCAUCGUCGACAAAUUGCGGACGAGGAGAGCAAGAAACUUUCAGAGGACUGCGAAAAUCUACGGACGAGUUAUCACGAAGUGAGUGAAAAAUAUGCGGAGAUGAUCGGCCAUCACAAUCACAAACAGCGUGUAAAACAUCUCAAUCAACUCAAGGAUAAAAUAAUCCGAUUGGAACAGGACGCGGAAUCGAAAAAGCACAUAAUUGAUCAACAAACGAGGACCAUUGAGAAAUUGAAAGCAGAGGAAAAACGCUCUUUCGCCAGAGGAAAAGAAAACAUACAUUCGCAUGGGUUAUCACGAAGUCCUUACGCAACGCCAGCAUCAUCGCCUCUCAAACAAUUGACGCCGCUUCGUGAUCGGAACGAAUGAAUUUCGUUCCAAUCUCUCUUCAUUUCUUCUCUUACUCGUAUCCUCUUUGCGGGUAGAUGAUUGUUUUUCGUUUCGGUUAACGACCCAAGGAAAAGUUUUAUUUUUUUUAUUAAAUCGUCAAAACGAUGCAGAACAUUUUCAGCUAUUAAAAAAGUGAAAGAAAAAUUAGGUCAAGAUUAAAAAAUAUAUAUAUAUAUAUAUUUAUAUUUAUAAAUUCUCACGUAUUAUGUCUUGUUUAAGUUAUUUUUCAUAUCGAUGCCAAUGUUUCAUAAUAUUAUCAUUAUUAUUAUUAUUAUUACUUUUUAAGAAAGUAAUGUUAAAGCGUAAAUUAUUUGUUUCUUUUUGCACACGCAAUUCAUUGUGUUUCGUGACAAUAUUUUUGUCGAUUAACUUCUUUUAUUAUCUCACCAAAUAUGUCACGAGCACACAUUUUUGUAUUCAUAUUAUAUUAGCUCGUUAUAGACUCUGCGCAAAGUGGGAGAAUCUCCUGUUUUUCUAUUAUUCUUCCGCAUUGUUUUGAUUUAUCGUUCAAAAUUGAUCGAAUCUUUUCUGCCCAACGAGACAUUAAUUUGGUCAAAUACAACAUCUCGUUUUGCUGAAUUCUGCCAAGUUUUGUAAUAUUUUUAUUCAAAACUACAAAAAGCAUUUUUUUUUGUAUUUUCUCAGUCUGAUUACGUUAUAUUUAGAUUAAGUACCCUAUUUUAUGGAAGAUUCUUUGAGAACGAUACACAUUUAAAAUGGAUUAUAAUGUAAUA